CGCAGAAAAUCACAGGAGUGCCCUACUUCCGUUUUCUUCGCACUCUAAAAAUAAACAUGGCACCUUCUACGAUUGUCAAUUUUAUUUCCCUGUUACUUUUGGCAUUAACUAUAGCUGCAGUAUCAGCUAAAAGUAAAUAUACAUUUGCAACAAUCGAGAGUUGUAGUGGAUGUUCCUUGAAUAGACUUCCGGAUGUCAAGAAAUUUAUAUUCGAGGAUGUACCACAAUAUAACAAUGUUGAAUUCAAGCAUAUUCAAGGUGCAAGCCCAGAACUUGUCCUUUAUGAUGACAAUGAGGAGGAAAUGGAGAGAUUAAAUUUGGCAAGCCUUACACGUCAAGAGUGUAAUGAUUUACUUUUAUCUAAAGGUUUCACAAAGUCUCAUCCUCAAAAGGAUGAAAUAUAAAGACUCAAAUAGUACUAUUAAAUUUUUAUGCACUUGAAAGAAAUCAAUAUAUAAUUUUGAGUAGCAUUUCUAAUUAAAUACGAUUAGAAAGCUUCUUAUACGUUUUAUUAAGCUAAAUGAACAAUAAACAAAAUGUUUGAAAUGUUCUUCUUCAAUUCUAUAUUGAAAGAAAAUAAUUUAUCAAUAUAUAUUAUUAGAGAGACAAUAGAGUUUAGCGAUAAUAGUAACUUUGCACAUAAUAAUAGUUACAUAAAGAUUUUUCAAUGCACAAAUUGCUAUUUUUUAUUGACACAUUAACACGUAGGCAAGGGAAGCAUAUAUUUACCCUUGUGGAGCUACAACCUGUGAUAUAAUUACUAGAACCAUGAAAUAACAAAAUUGUUCAUUGUGGCAUAAUUGGGCUCUUUUGUUGGAAUAAUAUUCUAUCAAUUUUAUGAUUAAAUUUAUUAGAACAUAGCUGAACAAAUGUAGGUUAUAUAAAUAGUGCAUUUAUGCAAGUAUACUAACAACACAAUUAACCAAUUAUAACGCAACAAUUUUAUUCUUAAAGACAGUGCAGUAUAAAAAGAUAUAUAUUUUAUGUUUAUUGUUUUUAUUAGAUAAUAUGUAAGUAGUUUUAGUUAGAUCGUACAUUACAAUUUACAAAUAUUACAAAUAAUUUGUUGCAUUUAAUAUUUUGCAACAUUUGUUGCUUUUUUAUGUACUACUUACCAAUCAAUAAAUGAAUUUAAAAAAGUGA